AAUUUCCCUCCACCAGUCGCCGCCGCCGCCGCCGCCGCAUAACGAAUCAAUGGUGUUCGCUUCUUCCCCUUACUCGUCCUCUUACUCUUCCGCGCUCUGUAUCCAAGACCCUAAUUUAUCAUCAACAAUUGAUCAUCGUUUAAUCUUCUCUAUUUCCUUCAACCGUCUGACAACUUCACACAACAAGCGACAUACGUUGGCAUUGUGCUGUGCUGCAUCACAACCGGAGAGCAUGGCAAAGGAAGCGAAGCUAUGGGGAGGAAGGUUUGAAGAGGGAGUGACGGAUGCAGUGGAGAGUUUCACUGAAUCGAUAUCUUUCGAUAAGGCUCUUUACAAACACGAUAUUAUGGGUAGCCGUGCUCACGCUUCCAUGCUCGCGAACCAGGGAUUGAUUAGUUUCAGUGAUAAGGAUAGUAUUCUUGAAGGACUGGAUCAGAUAGAGAAACAAAUUGAAAGGGGAGAAUUUGUGUGGAGGACUGACCGAGAAGAUGUACACAUGAACAUUGAAGCAGCCCUUACUGAUUUGAUUGGAGAACCUGCCAAGAAGCUUCAUACUGCUAGGAGUCGAAACGAUCAAGUUUCAACUGAUUUUCGCUUGUGGUGUCGGGAUGCUAUUGAUACGAUUGCUGCACGUAUAAAAAAUCUUCAGGUUGCAUUGGUAAGCCUUGCUAAGAAGAACACAGGUGUGAUUGUCCCUGGUUAUACACAUUUGCAGAGGGCGCAACCAGUUCUACUUCAACAUCAUCUCUUAGCAUAUGUUGAGCAGCUUGAUCGUGAUGUUGGACGCCUACUGGAUUGCAGAGUCAGGCUGAAUUUCUGCCCUUUAGGUGCAUGUGCGUUAGCUGGCACCGGCCUUCCCAUAGAUAGGUUCAUGACCUCUGAUGCUCUCGGAUUCACUGCUCCAAUGAGGAACAGCAUGGAUGCAGUUUCAGACCGCGAUUUUGUUUUGGAGCUCCUUUCUGCUAAUUCUAUUACGGCUAUGCAUCUAUCUCGCCUUGGUGAAGAAUGGGUUUUAUGGGCAUCGGAGGAAUUUGGGUUCAUCACCCCGAGUGAUUCAGUUUCAACCGGAAGCAGCAUAAUGCCUCAGAAGAAAAAUCCCGAUCCUAUGGAACUUGUUCGUGGAAAAUCUGCUAGAGUAUUAGGAGAUCUUGUUACCCUUCAAGUGUUAUGCAAGGGACUUCCACUUGCUUACAACCGUGAUCUGCAGGAAGACAAGGAACCCGCGUUUGACAGCGUUAAAACGAUCAUAGGAAUGCUAGAAGUGUCCUCAGAGUUUGCACAGAACAUCACCUAUAAUCAAGACAGAAUCCAGAAGGCUUUACCAGCUGGUCAUCUUGAUGCCACUACACUCGCGGAUUAUCUUGUUCACAAGGGAAUACCUUUCCGAACUUCACAUGACAUAGUUGGAAGGGCAGUCGCGUUAUGUGUUUACAAGAACUGUCAACUUCUAGACCUGACACUUGACGAAUUACAAAGUCUUAAUACAGUGUUUGAAACGGACGUGUAUGAUUAUCUUGGGGUCGAAAAUUCAAUCAAGAAGUUCAGUUCAUAUGGCUCCACUGGUUCAGAAUGUGUAGCUGCUCAACUCGAUUUUUGGAUCACCAGGCUGAAUAUCAACAAGUGAUAACAUUUAGGCCCUACAGACGGACGAGUGAGAUAUACUAUGUUCAAAUAAAGAUCAUCGCAAAUUUGACAACUUGUGGUCAUGCUCUUAGCCAUUUUGGGUUGAAUUGUGUUACAUCUUGGGGAUAUGAAUUUGUAGUUGUUACAUGAUGAGUUCAUUGUUGAGGAAUGAAAAGUUGUGCAAUUUUCUUUUUCU